UGCUUUUUAUCACCUUUUCCAAUUGGGUGAUUUCAGACAUCAGAAAAGAUCAGGAGAAAUCGGGUCGCUUGGUCUGUAGAUGUCAAUAGAAAGCCCAAGGAUGCUUCAGCGUAGUGGUUGGAACAGAUCAAAACGGUUGAGACGGGAUGGAAAGGAAACGAGACAUGAAGGAUGGGGCUGCUGAAAGAUUUUCCAGUGAUAUGAAUGCACAGCAAAGAUCCUCCAAGAUUGUGGGUGGAAGCAGAAGGAUUUCUAAGGACACUUACAUGUCCUUUAAAGCAGCUAUCCUGAUCCAAAGAUGGUAUCGACGCUACAUGGCCCGACUUGAAAUGCGCCGGAGAUGUACAUGGCGCAUCUUUCAGUCCAUAGAGUAUUCAGGAGAACAGGAUCACCUCAAGCUCAACAACUUCUUCGACUACCUUAUGACUCACUUCACACCGAGCAGCAGGAAAGAAAAAGAUUUCCUUAAGCGCAUAUUAUCAGAACCUGACGUCACGAAAGAUAUUAAACUAGAAAAAUCACUCCACUACCAAUCUGUGGUGGUGCCAGACAGCUAUAUGGGCCCCCGUCUUUCCUUCCCUCUCUUCCCCGAAGAUGCUGCUGCCUUACUGGAAGCAUUCAAGCAAAAACAACAGCUUCACGCUCACUACGUCUUGAGACUCUGCCAUGAGGCCCAAAGGUAUCUUAUGCAGCUGCCAAAUAUCACAAACAUCUCCACCUGCUACAGCGAGGAGAUCACCGUGUGUGGAGACUUACACGGUCAGCUGGCUGACUUGUUUUUGAUAUUUUACAAGAAUGGCCUUCCAGCUCCACAGAAAGCCUAUGUUUUCAAUGGUGACUUUGUGGACAGAGGGAAACAGUCCAUAGAGGUAUUGAUUGUUCUCCUCGUCUUCCUCUUAAUUUACCCAAAAGAGGUCCAUUUGAACCGAGGAAACCACGAGGACUAUAUGGUCAACUUACGCUACGGUCUCACCAAAGAGGUCACACGCAAAUACAAGGAGCACGGAAGUAAAAUUAUAAAAGUGCUUCAGAGCCUCUUUAGCUGCCUGCCGCUAGCAACCCUAGUUGACCAGAAGGUCUUGAUUGUCCACGGAGGAGUGUCGGACAUUACUGAUUUGGAUCGGCUGGCCAAGAUUGACAGGUUUAAGAUUCUCUCAGUGUUAACUCAGAAAAGAAGAAAUUCAGAAUCUGUGGACGCAACGGAAGAUUUCAAAUUUGUCCAGGGUGGUUUCUGUAGGUCUUCUAACCCAGAAAACAAGGUUGAUCUUUCUCAACGGGUGCAGCAUAUGGUGCAGGAGGACCUGAAGAUGUGUCGCAAGCAGGCAGAACUUAGUGAGUUCCCUGAGGCAGAGACCUCUGACCGUUCUUUUGCUUCAGUGUCAGAGGUGGACGUGGAAGCCUGUGAAGCGAGAAACGCUGAAGACGAUGACGUUCAGCAGAUUUUAGAUGUUUUAUGGAGUGAUCCCAUCCCGCAAAAUGGUUGUAGAGUGAAUGAUGAUCGAGGAGGAGGCUGUUACUUUGGCCCUGAUGUGACAGAGAAGUUCCUGCAGAAGCACAAUCUUCAGUUUAUCAUCCGCUCCCACGAGUGUAAGCCGGAGGGUUACGACAUCUGCCAUAACCGAAAGGUGAUCACUGUGUUUUCUGCUUCAAAUUAUUACACGGUAGGCAGUAACAGGGGUGCCUACCUCAAAAUGGGACCUGACCUGACCCCUCACUUCAUCCAGUAUCAAGCCAGUAAGGGGUCACAUAAGCUGACCAUGACACAAAGGAUAAGCCGAGUGGAGGAGUCCGCAUAUCAGGUCUUGAAGGAGAAACUGUUUGCUCACAGGUCAGACCUUACAGCUGCCUUCAAGAGCUUUGAUAAGAAAAACACAGGCUUCAUCACACUAAACGAGUGGGCAAAAGCUGUGGAGUCAGUCCUUCAAUUGGGUUUGCCCUGGAGGAUGCUGAAGUCCCAGCUCGUGUUGCAUCUUACUCAUGGGAAGCUGGAAUAUAAGACGUGGCUGAAAGAAAUAGUGACAGAGCAGUGGUCUUCAGCUCAAGAGCGGCUACACUCAAGUUUGCUAGAGAACAUUUACCGAAACCUAUCAAACUUGGAAACGAUCUUCAAUAUCAUAGACAGUGACCACUCAGGCUAUAUCUCUCUUGAAGAGUUCCAGCAGAUCUGGAAGUUGUUCAGCACCCACAUGAAUAUUGAAAUCUCAGAACAAAACAUCAAUGACUUGGCUCGCAGUAUUGAUUUCAACAGAGACGGAAACAUAGAUUUCAAUGAGUUCAUCGAGGCCUUCCGUCUUGUUACACAGUCGCCCGAUGGAGGAAAAUGAAGGCGAAAUCUGCGGGUGGGGGACGUUCCACCAUGUGGAACGCCAUCCUGCUUCUGAGACGUUGCUUCUGCACUUGGGCCAAUCAUCCAACCCAAUAACGUGCCUCUGAACGAAGUGAAAAGGGCAAAUGAAUCCUUGCACACACCUAAGUGUUCCGAAUAGCCGAUUGCUACAGCUGUUUUCACGUUUCUGGUAUCAAACAGGACUGGACGCUCAAAAACCUUGUUCCAUCUCCGGCUUGGCUUUUAAUAUUAAUUAAAUCAGCACAGUAUCUUUUUAAGCUUUUAAAAACUCAGAAGAGUUUUCAGAAUUAGAAUGUAUUUUUAUGUCAGCAUUUUAUCUGGUUUUAAAACUACACGAUUAU